AGCGUCUUGCUGUGCUAAUUCGAUAUGCAUCGGUUCGCAAAUUUGUUUCAAAUGAAUGAAUUUGAAACUCAGAGUCUCAGACUAUACCUCAGUUCUAAUUUGGAAACCGAUUGCUUAAAAUGAAUACUACAGUCCUCAGUUUGAGAGAUCGUUCGUGUUUCGUGCGUCGGCAUCAAGCUUUCGCUUUUGUAGAUAGAUCGUACUGUUUGUUCAGUCUUGUGCAAUCAAGUUUGACAUCUUCCCGCGUCAUAUUAUGUCACUUCCGUCAAAACAUCUAGGUCACAAUAGCCUUUUCGGAUGCGUAAAUAAAAACAAGUUUGAAAUUCGAUCUUCGUCGCGAUCGCGGCAGGAUAAUUGAGCAAUAGAACACCAUUGCAACUGCAACUGCAUAAAUCAAGCUCAAAGAAAGGACACGAUAGUUUCAGCAGUUUCAAAGCGUCUUUGGUGGGCUCGUAAUGGAAAGACAAAGGCAUUCCUCUGAGCCCGGCAUUGUAAUAAAUGGAUCUGGAAAGCCACGAAGGCAUAGCUGUGAUAAGUGUUUUUACCACAACAUGCCUCUUCCUGGAAGUCCAAUGUUGAAGCGAGGGGCUAGUGAGAAGUCUGAUAUUGUGAAACAGUAUCGUAGAGAGCGAGCUAAGAGAAUCUUUGUGAACAGAAGUUUAAAUCUUAGCAAGAUUAAGUUUUUCGGAUUUGAUAUGGACUAUACUUUAGCAGCUUACAAGUCCCCAGAAUAUGAAGAGAUGACAUUUCAUCUUCUUGUGAAAAGACUUAUUGAAAUUGGUUAUCCAAAGGAACUAGACGACAUAAGAUACGAUGGUUCAUUUCCUGUAAGGGGCUUGUUGUUCGAUAAUGAACUUGGUAACUUAUUGAAGGUCGACACUUACGGAAAUAUUUUGAUCUGUGUUCAUGGCUUCGACUUUUGUCCAAGUUCGUACAUCAGAAAAUCCUACCAGAAUAAAUUUGUCAAUCCAGACAGCGAGCGUUAUUUCAUAUUGAAUUCAAUCUAUAGCCUGCCAGAAAUCUAUCUUUUGGCAUGUCUAGUGGAUCAUUUUGACCAUAGUUCAAAUUUCAAAAGGAUAAACACUGGAGUGAAAUGUGAUCAGGUUGUUUUGUCCUACCGAAGUAUGCAUCAGGAUGUAAGAGCUGCCAUGGAUUACCUUCAUGAUUGCGAAACACUUAAAAACGAAACCUUAGGAAAUAUUGAGAAAUAUGUCAUCAAAGACCCGAGACUCCCGAAGCUGCUUCACAGAAUGAAAGAGCACAAUCGUAAAACUUUUGUCCUUACCAACAGCGAUUAUAACUACACAGAGAAAAUCAUGACCUAUCUCUUCGAUUUUCCUCACGGACCAGAGCCAAACACUCCUCACCGGAAUUGGAAGACUUAUUUUGAUUAUGUUGUUGUUGAUGCACGGAAACCUUUAUUCUUUGGAAAAGGAACGCUGAUUAGGGAAGUCGACAAGACAACUGGAACUCUGAAGAUUGGUUCUUAUUCUGGUGCAUUAAUGAAGGAGCAGAUUUAUUCUGGAGGCUCGUCGGAGGUGUUCUGUCAACUGAUUGGUGCUGAUGGAAAGGACAUUCUUUAUGUUGGUGAUCAUAUUUUUGGUGAUAUUCUUAAAUCGAAGAAGACCAGCGGCUGGAGAACAUACCUCGUUGUUCCAGAACUGUCAAAAGAAUUAGAUAUUUGGACAGCUAGACAAGAUUUGUUCGAGGGUUUGAAGGAAUUAGACGUAGAAAUGGCCGAAGCAUAUCGAAACCUUGAUGCGUACAGCACUCGUGAUCCUGAUGUCGAGAACAUUAAAAGAAGCAUUAAGGAGACAACACAUCACAUGGAAAUGUGCUACGGCAAGUUAGGAAGUCUUUUCCGAAGCGGUUCACGUCAAACGUUUUUCGCCAGCCAAGCCACUCGUUAUGCUGACGUGUAUGCGGCUUCUCCCAUGAAUUUACUGUAUUAUCCAUUCACAUACCUCUUUCGAUCUCCAGCGCAACUGAUGCCUCAUGAAUCGACGGUGGAUCACUCCGAGGCACCUUGCGUCCACAUGGACCCGCCCAGCAUGCAUUACCACUGGGAGAGUUUCGUUGUGGAGGAUGACGAUCUUGAGAGUAAGAACCCCUUGGCGUUUGAUCUGGAUGAAGAAGAUGAAGAUUCCUCAGGUAGCGAUGAACAACGAAAACAGAGUCUCGCUGGGGAAGGAAACUCAUGAUUGCUUUCCUUAACAGAACUAAACAAAAUGGUGGCUUCUAAUUGCUCUUACAAUAAGUGUUUAACAUCGUGCUGGACAUGAUGGUCCACUUGCAACAGACGGCAAUCAUUUAGAGACCUUAAACACAGGUAUCAAGCACUGGUAUGUGCGUUUUGAGAUGACGUUUUGACUGAUUUCAACAAUUUAGUUGCAUUUGGAUUUGUCUCCAUCACGAUGUUAACCACUUUACUGGUAAUGAGCAAGCACUAUACUAUUUUAGGGUUGAGCGGGUGGAAUAUCUUAUUGAUAGCCGUUCUCCGAUGCUGCGCAUCUUCAAUCUUUAUAGUUUAGAUCAUAGAGCUGAACUUUUGACAUUAUUAUCUCUUACUUAGUUCGCGAUCAAUGGUUCUUUCUUAAGUUGUUUUGUUGGAGGACAAAUUCUCGAAUUGAUUCGAUCGUAAACUAAAACCAUUUAGGAAUUAGCAAUACAUUCACAGAUGAUUCAUUUCAAUAUUUUAAGAAUUCACUCACUUAUUUCUUCGUUCGUUGUACAAGUAAUAUCAUACACACUAUAAACGAAUGGCUAAAUUGUUACAGAGUAGUUUUAAAUUUGAAAAGAAAAAUGUUUUACAUGUAGAAAUAUGUAUUGCAUAAGACGGUUUUAAUGUUCAAUAUAAUAAAUUUAUGAAUUCAA